AUGAACUUACUCACCAAUGACAAGCAAUUUGCUGCUCUUCACUUGCCUCCCAAAGCCCCAACCAGCAACAAAAACAAGUCCAGUGUCAAUGAAGGCCGUGAAAUUUUAUUUCAAGCAAGAAAUGUGUUGAAAACACACGACAAUCCUUCUCUGAUGUAUCUUGGGACACAACAUGUUCUUGGACCUUUAAAUUCCACAAACACUGUUGAGGAUGUCCAUGACUCAAGCUCCAAAUUGGAGGCUCAAAUGAAACGAAAGCAGGCAAACAGGGUUUAUUCUGCGAGAUAUCGACUCAGGAAGCAAGCGAAGGCACAAAAUUUGAAGAGCCAAGCUGAAGCCCUUGAAGGUGAAAUUUCAAUGUUUCAAUCUCAACUGCUUUACUGGAAAUCUGUCCAUGACAGAUUAGUUGAAGAAAAUGUUAUGAUGAGAGCACAGUGUGACACUGCUACUAAACUUAUUGCAGAAAAGGAAGUUAAGGCAAUGCUGAAAUUGCUGAGAAAAAGGAAGACAAUAUUGGAAUCAAAAUCAUGA